AAUUUGGCAAUUUUAAUAUAUAUAAGCUAACUGAAUAAUUUAUAUGCAUAGGUUUAUGUGCAUUCAUAGGAUUAAAAGACAUAACAUGUUACUUUAAUACAAGUGUACUGAUAAAGGAAACGUAGUGAUAUAUUUUUCAUUAAAUAUGGAAAAGAAAGGAAAAAAUAUGAAGAUUCAAAAGAAAGGAAAGAUCGGAACUGAAAAAUCAUUUGAAGAUACUGUCAGUGAAUCAGACUUUGUAGAAGAUGAGUUAACAACAAAUAAAUUAGAUGAACACAGAAAGGCUCUGUUGGGGAAUUUUGGAAAAGAUAUUUUGGAGGCCGCUGUUGAUGUUUUGAGAGAUGAAUUUAUGCAGAUUGCCAUCGAAGGAGGCCGACAUGGUGCAAAACUUGCGUUACUUGGCAAGGAUCUGGUUGAAAGUCAUAAACAAGAAAUAGAGAAAAAGGAAAGCGAGCUUUUCGAAUUAAAAAGAGAAAAGAAAGAUCUAGAAAAUGAACUACGAAGGGAAAAGGUAAAGAAUGAUAAAUUAGAGAUGUUAAUCAAGCGAAAAGGUGCGGAAAUCAAAAAGAGGCAAGAUGAGUUGGAUAAAAUGAAAAGAUUGAUGAAAAAGAAAGAAAACGAUUUAGCAUCCGAACAAAGGGCACAUAAUCAAAGGGAAGAUGAACUUAAGUCUGAGCUACAAAAGUUGAAGACAAAAUACAAUGAUUUGAGCGGUAAACAUCUGGCAAAAAAAGCUUCUGGUAACAUUGCAAAGGAAGAGCUCUCAAAACUGCGGAAGAAAAUAACAGAACUUGAGCAACAGUUGGAACAAGCUAAUGCAAAGAAAAAAGUAGGGAAAUAGUCAAACAAAUGUUAUUUGUUUUGGAAAUAAUAUUUGCAGAUACGACAGAAGCAGACUCUUUGUCAAGCAGCUUCCUUUUAAACAAUAUUACUGACAUUUUCGCAGUAAUUUGUUAUCGUGUUCUUUAGUAUAUAAAGAAACACAGUUUUUAUGUGUAGUCACUAGUCAGGUUUAAAACUUGAUUAUGAUAAAUUUUAAUAGAAAAACAAAGGAUAUUGAUUUUCCUGCAACUUUUUUUUAUUUACAACACAUACAUUUAUAUGUAUCAUUGUCAUUUUGUUUAGUUUCUUUUGUUACCUAUUCUGACAUCGGACUAGGACUUCUUUACUAUGCGUAUUGUAACGUGUGUUUAUUUUUCUACGUAUACUUUGGCUAGGAGUAUAGGGGGAGGGUUGAGAUAUAAGAAAACUAAUGCUUAACCCCGCCGCAUUUUUGCGCAUGUCCCACGUCAUAAGCCUCUGGCCUUUGUUAGUAUUCAAUUUGUAUGAUUUUUAAUUUUAGUUUCUUGUGUAUAUUUCGGAGUUUAGUAUGAGGUCCAAUAUCACUGAACGAGUAUACAUUUUUGAUUAAGGGCCAGCUGAAGCACGCCUCCGGGUGUGGGAGUUUCUAGCUGCACUGAAGACCCAUUGAUGGCCUUCGGCUGUUGUCUUCUCUUUAGUCGGGUUGAUAAAAUUGAGAAUGGAAAUGGGGAAUGUGUCAAAGAGACAAUAAACCUUGAUGUCUCUGUGACACAUUCCCCAUUUCCAUUCUCAAUUUUAUUAUAAACUGGUAUGCAAUUCACAUGUACAUAUGCACCAUGAAAGUAUCAUAUUUAUGUAAGUAGUUCAGUUAUUGUUAUGUAAUUAUUUCAUUCUUGAUAAAAUUGUUUAUAUUAAUGAAUUAUAGUCAAUGAUUUACCUUCUCGACAGGAGCAUGUUGAAGGAUGUGCCCUGCUAUAUUAUUUAAGUUCCAAAUGUUUGUGUUGAAUACAAUUAUUUCGUCAUUUCAUCAUGUCUUCACAUUCGAGUGAAGUAUAGCGAUUCAAUAAGUGUGUGUCCCACGCACAAAGCGUUACGGAGGAAGAUAGAAAUAUCGAGUGUCCAUCCGUCCGUCCGUCCGACCUUGUAAGCUCUCAGGCGUGUACAAGAUUUUUAUAAAACUCAUAACAUAGGUGUAUACCAGCAAUCAUUAUGUCUCGAACGAGUUUCGGUGUUGUAUCUCUGUUGUGUCGUAGUUCUCUUAUGUAUGUAUUUCAAACGUUUCCUUAGUUUUAGUUUGUAACCAGGAUUUGUUUUUUCUCUAUCGAUUUAUGAAUUUUGAACAGCGGUAUACAUGUACAACUGUUGCCUUUAUUUAUUUUUUUUACUUUAUUUAUUUCGGUGUUGUAUCUCUGUUGUGUCGGAGUUCUCUUAUGUAUGUAUAUGAAACGUUUCCUCAGUUUUAGUUUGUAACCCGGAUUUGCUUUUUCUCUAUCGAUUUAUGAAUUUUUAACAGCGGUAUCCAACUGUUGCUUUUAUUUAUUUUUAAAAGUUUAAGUCCCUUGGAAAUAUUGCUUAUAUAGAAUAUUGCAUUGUUAGCGCUCUCAUGUGUUCAAUUUUUGACAGAUUUUUUUAUCAAGCUUAUCAUAGAAUCAUAGUUUUAUAUUAGCAAUUUCUCAGACGAAAAACCAGUGCCAAUCAAUUUUAUCUUAAAGAGUAAUGUCUUUUGAAAUAUUAAUUAUAUGAACAAUUAUAGCAAUGAUAUCGCUCUAAUUUGUACAGUUCUUGUCAGAUUUUCAGAUCAGCGAUGUGUAGGUCGAUUUCGAAAGUUAUUGUCAUAUUUUUAGAAGAGUUAUGCCCUUUUGAAAUAUGAACUAUUUUCCCUUUUGAAUGGUCUAACAUCACUAAUUUUCGGAGCCCUAUAUAGCUUGCUGUUCGG